AUGGCUGAAGAACAGCAUACUUAUGCUAUGAUUAAACCAGGAUAUGAAAAGUACUGGGGUAAAGUUAUCGAUCGCAUUGAGGAAGAGGGCCUCCACAUUGUCCAAAUGAAGACAAUGAAGAUGGACAUGGAAUUCGCUUCAAAGUUCUAUGCUGAGCACGUUGGCAAGGCAUUCUUUGCUGAUCUUGCUGGAUACAUGACAUCUGGCACAAUUGUCGCUCUUGAACUCGCUGGUCCAAACGCUAUCGCCAAAUGGCGUGAAAUCAUUGGCCCGACAAAGAAGGAAGUCGCUGUUGAGAAGGCACCAAACUCACUUCGUGCCCUCUAUGCUCGCUCCACAACAGAGAACCUUUGCCACGGUUCUGAUGCUCCAGCAACAGCUGCUCGUGAGAUCGCUUUAGUUUUCGGCAAAUAA